AAUGAUCAAUAUAACAAACCACACCGUCUGUAUAAUAGACCCAGUCCGCACUCUUAUCUUCCAGUCACCUUUUUGGCGUGUGCCGUGGUGGGCACUGCUACGCACUCGCCAAAAAUUCUGACCAAAUUCACAAUAUUAUGCUCAAGAACCACUUGCAGUUCAUAAGACGCAAACGGGAAGAGUUUUUGUCUGAGCCACCGCCCGUGGCAAUGAGUGCCGCUCAUGAAUCGCCGAACUGCACCUCCGCCUCCAUCAAAGACACGGAGACGUGGGAGAAGAAUAAGAAGUUUACCGUGUACAAGGUUGCGGUGAGCAGAGGCAAUGCCAGUUGGUUCAUUUUCCGCAGAUACAAUGAAUUCUCCAAACUAUGCGAAGUAGCGAAAAAGCAGGCACCUCACCUGCAACUCAAAAUGCCAGGCAAAAAACUCUUUGGAAGCAACAUGGAUCCCAAAUUAGUCGAAGCUCGAAGAGAAGCGCUGGAUGAUUUCAUUCAAAAGGUUACAAGCGAUGAACGUCUAAUGCACACUCGGGAAGUGAUCGAAUUUUUCCAGCUUGACCAGAAGCACGUGGAGAAUUGCGUGAAAACAGAAGACACCCAAAGCACCGACGAUUGCGACUCAGGCAAGGGUUCAUACAAGGGCAGCAAUAGCAGCGGCGCCAGCACCGAGUUAGAAAACAAACCGCCGUCCCCGGUGAAUCUGGGCCACACAGAGCGGCGCCACGUAAAACCGAGUCACUUUGAGUUUCUGAAAGUGAUUGGAAAAGGAAGCUUCGGCAAAGUGCUUCUGGCCAGGCACAGGGAGGAGGAAAAAUUCUACGCGAUUAAAGUCUUGCAAAAAACGUUGAUUGUGAAGAGAAACGAAACUAAACACAUCAUGUCAGAGCGAAACGUGCUGUUGCAAAACAUCAAGCAUCCAUUUUUGGUUGGCCUGCACUACAGUUUCCAGACCACAGACAAACUCUACUUUGUGCUCGAUUACAUCAACGGCGGGGAGCUGUUCUUCCACCUUCAGAAAGAGAGAUCGUUCUCAGAGUCACGUGCGCGGUUCUACUCGGCAGAGAUUUCCUCUGCGCUGGGAUACUUGCACAGCAGACAAAUCAUUUACAGGGAUCUGAAGCCUGAGAACCUCCUGCUGGAUCAACAGGGGCACGUGAUUUUGACUGAUUUUGGCUUGUGUAAAGAGGGUCUCAGAGAUUCUGACACAACCGACACUUUUUGCGGAACGCCUGAGUACUUGGCGCCUGAAGUGAUAAGAAAACAGGCUUACGAUAGGUCGGUUGACUGGUGGUGUCUUGGUGCUGUUCUUUACGAGAUGCUCUACGGCCUGCCACCGUUCUACAAUAAAAACACAUCAACAAUGUACCAAAACAUUUUGUACAAACCCUUAAAACUUCGCCCAACCGUUUCUGAAAAUGCGCGGAACAUUCUUGAAAAGCUGCUUCAAAAAGAAUCUCAGAAUAGACUUGGAUCCGGCAAGAACGACGUCCUAGACAUCCAGAAACACCCAUUUUACAAGAACAUUAACUGGGACGAUUUGAUCAAUAAGAAAAUUCCGCCCCCGUUCAACCCCAACGUGAAUGGAUCAAUGGAUCUGAAAAACAUUGAUCCAGAAUUCACCAAAGAGCCCGUGCCAGCUUCGGUUGGUCGUUCACAGAAUGGAACUGUUUUGUCAGCGAGCGUCUUGGAAGCAGAUGCUGCCUUUGAGGGUUUCUCUUACGCGCCACCCUUAGAAGACUUUUUUUGAGGGAACUAGCAGGAAAAGGCACCGCUCUCUUAUUCUAAUAGUUAAUUCGAUUGCCAAUUGACAGAUUUGCUAUUGAUCAGAAUUUGCCAAUAGCAUAUAAGCAGAUGGAGAUAGAGGACAGCUCUUUCACUCUUUGAUAAUAUGCGACAUACUGCGUUUUAAAAAGAACUAAGAAAGUUGCGUCUGUGGCAUUAUUCACACACAACAUGAUGUAUUAUAUCAUUUGUAAAAUUUGCUCAGAGGUAUAUAAUGUCUGUCAUGACACUCUUCAGCCUAAUCUGCCCGAACAGACCGCGCCUAGGGGACAAGGGCGCGUUGGAAGAACGCGUUUUGAAAUGAAGAGUGUCAUGACACUGUCAAUUAAGUUCCUAUUGACUAUUAAAAGUUAGAGGAUAAGCUUGAAUUGCAUUCCAAAGUCUGCGCUAGUUUUAAGUUUUAAUUAUAUAAAAUAUUCCAUUAACACUCGUGUCACCCAAUUAUUUAUGCCAUGCCAUAUUGUGUCUUAAAUUGUCAUAAAAAUAAAUUUUCUUAAUAUUUCCAACA